CCAAGCUCCUCCUCCGAGGCUUUUUGCUGAUACAAAUCUAGUGAGCUCCUCGCCGGUACUGAGUGACAGGCACUUCUGCAGCCGCUCGCACAACACUGCCCGGCACAACAGCAAGGAGAAGCCGACUGAGCAGCAGCAGUUGUACCCGGCGACAGUCGCACACAAUUAGCACCGGCAGAUUAGCAGCAAAAGAGAAGAUCCCCGGGACCCAGUUGGUGUUAAACCCCCCAAAGAGAAUCGGUACAAUGCAGUUUGCAGCCCAGAACUGUCUCAGAGCGACUGUCUCGCUACUCCUAGUUCAGUCCGUCGUCACAUUGGUUAUUCCCAAUGCCACGCAGCUGGAAGAUCUCCUGGAAAAAUACACGGAUGAAGAUGGUGAGUGGUGGACAGCCAAGCACAGGGGGAAGAGAGCCAUAACGGAGAGUGACAUGAAAGUUAUACUGGAUCUGCACAAUAAACUGAGAGGGGAAGUGUAUCCUCCAGCCUCCAACAUGGAAUACAUGGUAUGGGAUAUGGAACUUGAAAGGUCUGCAGAAGCCUGGGCUGAAACAUGUCUAUGGGAACAUGGGCCAGCUAACUUACUUCCAUCAAUUGGGCAGAAUUUGGGUGCCCAUUGGGGAAGGUACAGACCACCUACAUAUCAUGUCCAGGCUUGGUAUGAUGAAGUGAGAGACUAUACAUUUCCUUAUCCACAAGAAUGUAACCCAUACUGCCCAUUUAGGUGCUCUGGUCCUGUCUGCACACAUUAUACACAGCUGGUAUGGGCAACAAGUAGCAGAAUUGGCUGUGCUAUAAACUUGUGCCAUAACAUGAACGUCUGGGGAAUGAUUUGGCCAAAAGCAAUAUAUCUUGUGUGCAAUUACUCUCCAAAGGGUAAUUGGUGGGGUCAUGCUCCAUACAAGCAUGGACAUCCAUGUUCUGCUUGCCCACCCAGCUAUGGAGGAGGCUGCAAGGACAAUCUCUGCUACAAAGAUGGUUCAGAUUUCCAUUAUCCCCUUCCUGAACCUGAAGAAGAGACCAAUGAAAUUGAGAGACAAAGUUCAAAAGUUCUGGACACCACAUCCCAAAGCAGAGCCAGAACCAACUCCCCAACCUCUUCUACCAAAGUGGAGAGUUUCGAUAACAAUGAAGUCAUCAGCACUGAACAAAUGUCUCAAAUUGUGUCAUGUGAGGUGCGGUUGAGGGAUCAGUGUAAAGGGACAACAUGCAACAGAUAUGAGUGUUCUGCUGGUUGUUUGGAGAGCAAUGCCAAAGUUAUUGGAAGUGUACAUUAUGAAAUGCAAUCAAGUAUCUGCAGAGCAGCAAUACAUUCUGGUGUUAUAGACAAUGAUGGUGGAUGGGUAGAUGUCACGCGGCAAGGAAGAAGAAAUUACUUCAUAAAAUCAUACAGAAAUGGAGUACAAUCCAUAGGAAAAUAUCAAUCUGCUAAUUCAUUUGUGAUCUCCAAAGUCUCUUUUCAGGCUGUGACAUGUGAAACAACAGUUGAACAGCUGUGUCCUUUCCAGCCUCCGACCACACACUGUCCCAGGGUCUACUGUCCGCGCAAUUGCGAACAAGCAAGUCCACAUUAUGCACGUGUGUUUGGAACACAGAUUUAUUGUGAUAUUUCAAGUAUCUGCAAGGCCGCUCUGCACGCAGGGGUUCUUCGCAACCACCUAGGAGGCUACAUAGAUAUUAUGCCAAUGGACAGAAAGAAACAUUAUUUUGGAUCAACUCAAAAUGGAAUAAAAUCUGAAAGUCUGCACAACCCAAUAGAAAGCAAGGCAUUUAGAAUAUUUGCUGUAAUAUGAAGGCCGUCUAAAGAUAAACACUUGGAAAGAUGACAAAUCAUGAUGUUUGUUUGUAUAAAGAUGUAUUGUUAAUGUACAGGAAAACAAAUGAUCUAUACUUUGCUAAUGCAACUGUAAAUCCUAAUAAUUAACCCAUUAUUUAAAGAGAGCAUAUUUUGGAAAUGAAAACACCACAUGGAUAAUGUUUUGCCAAUUCUGCCUGUAUCAUAGGAUGUAUUUAGUCUUACUUUUUACUAUUUUGUAUCUAUGAUUGAAUGCAUAAUGUAUAGUUUUAGAUUUUGGGAAUUUCAGUAUCUUUUAGAUUUUACUGUGAUGUCAUAUUAUUGCUUAUAGACCUUUCGAUUUACCUAGCGCUGCUGUCAUAAGCAUUUCAGAAAACGGGCGCUGACAUCACAAUGCGGUCUAACCUGAGAUUGUCAAAACAUAUUAAAGGGGUAGUUCACCAUAAAUUAUUAGUAUAAUGUAGAGAGCACCAUUCUGAAUAACA